AAGCACGGUUAGCGCGUUGGUAAACAUGGCGGAUUAGCAGCGUUAUAUUAGCUGUUAUUAAACACUUUCUUUAUAAAUGUGUGUAGUUCAUCUGUACUGACGUGAAUCUAUAGGGAGAGAUUUAAUCUCUCUACUUGUUCUCUGUGUGACUGAGGUGAAGGUGUGUGAGCAGUCAUGGGGCGCCGAUCCACCUCGUCCACCAAGAGUGGAAAAUUCAUGAACCCUACAGACCAGGCCCGAAAGGAGGCCAGGAAAAGGGAACUCAAGAAGAACAAGAAGCAGAGAAUGAUGGUGAGAGCUGCUGUGCUGAAGAUGAAAGAUCCCAGACAGAUCAUCAAAGACAUGGAGAAACUGGACGAGAUGGAGUUUAACCCAGUGCAGCAGCCCUUACUGAAUGAUAAAGUCCUGCGCGACAAGAGGAAAAAGCUGCGCGAGACCUUCGAGCGGAUCGUCCGUCUGUACGAGCGAGAGAAUCCCGAGAUGUACAAAGAACUGCGCAAACUGGAGCUGGAGUACGAGACCAAGCGAGGACAGCUCUCCAUGUACUUCGACUCUGUUAAGAACGCGGAGUCUGUGGAGGUGGACAGUAUUCCUCUUCCUGACAUGCCUCACGCCCCGUCCAGCGUCCUCAUUCAGGACAUCCCGCUGCCGGGAGCGCAGCCGCCGUCCAUCCUCAAAAAGACCGUGACCUUCGGUAAAGGAACCGCGGCUCCACCGGCAGCCGUUUCUGGAGUUCCUCGGUUACCACCUGGACGUAAACCUCCUGGACCUCCACCCGGCCCCCCUCCACCUCAGAUACUCCUGCUCUAUAAACUAGACGCAGUGUUGGAGGGCGAGCGGAUGGACACGGCCGAGCGAGACACCGACAGCGACUCGGACAGAGGCGAGGACGAGAGCGACUCGGACGAGCACAGCGACGACGACCUGGAUGAACCCCCGGAGAAGAGGAUCAUGGGAGAUGAGCGUGACCGAGAGGACGACCGAGAACGAAGUCGCAUGGUGCGUUUUGCCGAUAUUUCAGAGCCUGAGAAGAAGAGGAAGAAGAGGGUGGUGAAGAAGACGAAGGCCAUCACGCCUCUACAGGCCAUGAUGUUGAGGAUGGCAGGUCAGUCUAUUCCUGAGGAGGAGGACGAGGGCGAUGAGGAAGAUUACACAGACUCUGAUCAGUCUGACAGCGAGGGCAUAGAACCACCCGGUGACGACCAAUCGGCUCCUUUGAUGAACAGACUCCCGCCUCCGACCGCACCGAUGGGCUCGCAGCCCCCGCAGCAGCAGCCACCUCCCCACAUGCAGCCUCCACCAAUCGGAGGCCCUCCUCCUUUAGGCCCGCCUCCGGCUCCUCCGAUGAGACCUCCGGGCCCACCAUCAGGUCCGCCCCCAGGGCCACCACCAGGUGCCCCUCCGUUCCUGAGACCUCCCACUCUACCGGGGGCCAUGAGGGGGCCGGUACCACGCAUGUUGCCCCCUGGUCCGCCGCCGGGUCGUCCUCCCGGUCCGCCACCCGGCCCACCUCCAGGCCUGCCUCCAGGUCCUCCUCCGAGAGGACCACCGCCCAGGAUGCCACCCCCGGCACCACCAGGUAUGCCCCCUCCUCCGCCUCGUGCCGGCCCUCCUCGCAUGGCUCCUCCCCUUACAAUGUUCCCGCCCCCUCUAAACCCCAACGUUUUGAGCGCCCCGCCCACCAUCAAUCCACGUCAGAAACCCCCCGCAUCAUCCUCGGGCGAUCCCUCCAUCCUGGCCCCUCCCUCCAUCUCCAUUCGUGCUCCCUCUAUGCAGUUACCCCCGCCUCCGGGCACCGUCCCCGCCCCCGCCAACCCUCCCACCCACACCAUCGAGAAGCGCGCCAACAUCACCAGCGUCGCCGGCUCGGCCGGCCAACCGGGCGCCGCCACCAUCUCGGCCAAGCCGCAGAUCAUCAACCCCAAAUCGGAAGUGACGCGCUUCGUACCCACGGCUCUGCGCGUGCGCCGGGACCGGCCGGGCCCCCAGGCGCCGGCGCCCGUCCAGAGAGGGCCUCGGAGGGAAGAGGAAAGGGGUGGCCACGGUCUCAAGGCCAUGCCCAUGGCAAACCCCGCCAAGAUGGGUACAACCUCGGCCCCGCCCAGCAUGAAGACCAAGGACCAGAUGUACGAGGCGUUCAUGAGAGAGAUGGAAGGGUUACUGUGACACCAACGGGAGGGGUUUUAUUAUUAUUAGCAGCGUUUCUGUGCCUCCAUUAGUGCAGAAGUUGUUUUGCUUUGCAUUUCGGUCCCUAAAGGAAUCAGAAGUGAGAGAUUUUUUUAUUGAGUUUGUUGUUCUGUAAGUAGAUGUUUUAGUGGAGCCUCAGUGUUAAAUAUCAGAGCAACAUCGAAUGAAUGUUUGUGUCUGAACUCUGAAUAAACACCCUGUCAGCUUCC